AUGAAAUUGGUAGACGUCGAACAGCAGGCCCGCCGGAUCCUGUUCGGCCUGGGUUUCCAGGAGGCUGGUCUCGGAAAGGAUUUCACGGCUCUCUCUGGUGGCUGGCGCAUGAGGGCUCUGCUGGCGAGCAUCCUGUUGCAACAGCCCGACGUCAUGAUCCUCGACGAGCCGACCAACUUCCUCGACUUGCUAGGUGUGGUUUGGCUGGAGACUUACCUGCACCAGAUGCGCGAGACGGCCCCCGCGACCACCGUGCUGGUCGUGUCGCACGAUCGCGCGUUCGUCAAUGCCAUCUGCGAGGAGAUCGUCAUCCUGCGCGACCAGCAGCUGUCCUAUUUUCGGGGCAACCUGGCCGCGUAUGAAAAGGAUUUUGAAGCGCAGAAGCUUUACUGGGGCCGCAUGAAGGAAGCCCAGGAGCGCCAGAUCGCACACAUGGAGGCCACGAUCCGCGAGAACGUCAAGAUCGGGAAGAAGACCAACGACGACAACAAGCUGCGCAUGGCCAAGUCGCGGCAGAAGAAGGUCAACGACCGCAUGGGCAUCCAGGUGAGUGCCAAGGGGACUCGCUUCAAGCUCAACCGCGAUCUACCAGGCUUCCACCCGAAAGCCCGCGCCGAGAUCGAAGUCCCCACGGACGAGAAGGGGGCCUCGAUGCUGUUACCCGACGCGACGGAGCUGCGCUUCCCGGGCCCUCUCUGUUCCCUGGAGGGGAUCCUCUUCCGGUACAGUCCCCGCGACCCCAACCCGGUCCUGAACGGUGUCGACCUAGUAGUCCAUAUGGGUGACCGCGUGGGGAUCAUGGGCCUCAAUGGGUCCGGGAAAUCGACCCUUGUGCGUGUUUUGGUCGGGGGAUUGCAACCAACCCAGGGUAAGAUCUCGACACACGCACGGUUGAAAGUCGGCUACUACUCGCAGCAUGCAGUCGAGGAACUCCAGGAACAGGGCCACAACGAGCUCGAACUGACAGCUCUCGGACUUAUGAUGAAAGAAGUGGACGGGGCUCUCAAUGAGGGGGAUCUGCGAGGACUUCUGUCGGGAUUCGGCCUUGCAGGUCGAAUCGCCUCUGAUGUCCCGAUUGCUCGCUUGUCAGGGGGCCAACUGGUAUGAUGAUUUUUUCUCUCUUUUAUAUAUUUUGAAAGUUUGACGCAUCGGCUGAUGGACAGGUCCGUCUCGCUCUAGCAAGAACCGUCUGGACCUCGCCCCAGCUGCUUAUCCUCGACGAAAUCACCACCCAUCUCGACUUCCACACCGUGACUGCGCUUGCCGCAGCCCUUUCUGCCUUCAACGGGGCAAUCCUGCUGAUCUCGCACGACCGGUUCCUCGUACGGUCGGU